UACAUGUUUCAAUGAUAUUUUCCACUAACCUUUCGAAUCGAUUAAAUUGACAAUGAGAUGAAUGCUAGACAAGUAGAAAAAAAAGUCAAUGCGAUAAUCGAUGAAAUUCUUAAUGAAGAUCAGGAAAAUGAUUUUGCGACAGGAGAUGAAGCUUGUCCAGGAGGUUGCGAGAAAUUAGACGAUACGCCUAAGGAAGAGACUGAACAAAGCGACAGAAAAUUUCUUUCGCCACAAAUUCCCCGGCAGUGCAAAUGCGGCGUGGAGACUUCGUUGAGGUUCUCGCUGCGCGUGAUGGAAGCAAUGCGCUUGCUGCAGCGCGACGUGGACCAGCCGAUCACGUUCAGCGCCGAGGAGAUCGCCGACUACAUCCGCUCGCAUUAUCAUUACAAUGGCGAUCUUUAUGCUCAGGUGCGGACCGCGCUGAGACAGGUCUGUUCUCAAGGAUUUGUCAUGGAAUUAUUGGACAACGAGUAUCACUUGGUCGGCCCCGUUGUUAGACCGAUAAAGCGGAAUGGCUGUUCUUUGGAUCGCAUCAUAAAAGAUACAUCGAGAAGACGUAAAAAAGUCGAUGAUCAGAGAAAUAGUGUAUGUGAUUGCGCACGAUUUCCCAAAAGUCCUCGUCAAGAUCUAAGAUCGCCACGCGAGGAGUCUCGCAGGACUUUCAUUGUCGAUCGGCCUGAGGAUUCGGAACCAAUUUUUCAUUCAACCAGAAUAUCAGCUAAUGAAAGGGAUGAUGCGGAUCGUCGUAGGGAGUUUGAUACCGUUUCGGAUAUCCAAGAUUAUCGACGACGACGUGAUAUCGAGAUGGAGCAACGUGACCAUUAUGCGGAACCGAUUCCCGAAUCUUCCAGGAAAGUCUUAAGGAUUUCUUCUUAUGCGGAACCGAUUCCCGAACCUUCCAGGAAAGUCUUAAGGAUUUCUUCGUCAGAUCCAGCUAGAAAUGCGAAAAAAGCGCGAGUGAAAGAUCAAAGGGUGGAACGCGCAGAUGAGAAAGAAGAUGAGACUACGACGAAAGAGGAGGAUAUGGACUGCACUUGUAAUGCCGAAAUUGUCACUCGAGAUAAACUUGCAAGAAUCCGACCUCCUGAUCGUCCUCGCGUUAUCAGGAACGAACGUCGUCGCAAUGACGCCGAGGAAGAUGAAGAAGAUAUAGAAGAAAGAAUAAAAGAUGACGAAGAGGACGAAGACACAGAGGAUAGUAUAUACGAUGAAUUGAGGGCACGAGUUCCUCACAGAAGAACUGCGGCACGCGAACGAGAACUGAGAAGGUGGAUCCGACGAUGUCGUGAAGAAUGCGUACGACGGGGAAGGCGAUAAUGCGAGUUGAAAAUUUAGGAUUGUAUAAAUACAUUUUUAACAGCUCGAGAAAAUGAAUUAUUACUUCUUUAUCUUGAUAAUUGCUUCCAUUAGCUACUGCACGAAAAUAAAAUUAAUAUAUAUUCGCGAUUCUACUUGUAAGAUUCUUGUA